AUGUCGUCUUCAUCAUCACCAGAUUUCGUUUCUAUUAUUGAUUAUAAAAGACCUUUCAAUGUCGAUUUAGGAUCAAUAACAGAGUAUUUUUCAUCAGUACUUGCUUCUGAUGGAGCUCUCAACCGAGGUGCAUUAAAAAGUGGCAGUCUAUUAUUUAAAGAUCAUUUCAUUUAUAAUAUCACUGUCGCUCGACAAUAUAUCGAGAGAACAAUAUUAGCUAAAUGCCGAGCUCAAAUGAAAAAAUCUAUCACAUAUGAAAUAAAACUGAUAAUAAAUACCAAUCGACCUUCUGAUAUAUUAGAAGGAUCUUGUCAAUGUGUUGCAGGAAGUGGUGAUCAUGCAGCAUGCAAACAUGUAGCCGCAUUAUCCUUUGCGUUAUUGGACUAUGAUAAUAAUAAACUCUAUGAAUCCUGCACACAGAGACUUCAGCAAUGGCAUAAUCCAACUCGAAAAUCUUCCAAUCUAGUUGAUCUAUUAAAUGUCAAUCUUUUCUCCCUCAAACAAAACAAAUCUGAAGAAACCCAACCAAAAUACCUGCAGUUUCUUCAAUCAGAUGUUCAUGUGCCGGAAGCAAUAACAAGUCUACGUCAAUUACUCGUGAAGUACAAUCAACAAUCAACUGCAGCUGCUUCGAUUCUUUUACCUCAACCAGUUUCUAUUCCUUUCAUACCACUUCCUACACGUGUUGUUACAGAAGCUGCAUUACCGCCAUACCAUAGCGCAAGAUAUAUCAGAGAGAUGAUCGAGAAAGAUAGAUGA